AUGGCCGACGAACCGCACAAGGCCCAUGCGUCCGAGCAACGCAAGCUUCCCACCGCCAAAUGGGGAGCCGCCUGCGCUCCGUGUGCGGCCGCCAAGGCCAAGUGCAUCCGGACGGAUGAAACGCCGGGAUCCAAGUGUGACAGAUGCCGACGCCUGCUCAAGGACUGCUCCGGCCAGGUUCAUCGACCUCGAAAGAAGAGGCAGUCGAACAAGCCAUCACGAACCGCCCAGAUCGAGGAGAGGCUCAACGGGCUCGUCAACCUCCUUCACGCGUCCGGCGAGCUGAACAGCAGGUCGUCGUCGACAUCACCCCGAAACCCCAAGCCCGAAAACUCCCACUCGGACCGGCACACGCCGCGCCUGAGCGAGCCCGUCUCCCCGCCGUCGGACCUCCCCUCGUGGGCCAUCCCGGACGCGUACAACGAGAACGCCGUGUCGACGUGCAUCUGCCGUCCGGAAGUAGGCGCCGCCCCUCCGCCGCCGGACUCGGACUCGGUCCUCCUCGACAUCUACCGCAAUGACAUGCAGCCCAUCUACCCCUUCGUCAUCGUCCCCCCCUCCUGCACCGCCCAAGUCCUGCAAGCGACGAGGCCGUUCCUCAUGUCGGCCAUACGGAUGGUGUCCUCCUUCCGGAGCUUGAGGUCCAUGAGAGCGCAAAUGUGCCACCUGAUGACGCACAUUGCGGACCACAUGCUUGUGCGCUCGGCACGGUCCUUGGAUCUCCUCCAGGGUAUCAUCGUCAUGCUCGGCUGGUACCAGUACCACUGCUUCAUGCACGCCCAGAUGAACAACCUGCUCUCCUUGGCCAUGAGCCUCCUCGCCGAUCUCGGCUUGAACAAACCACCGGGCCUCCGCGAGCAGACGACGCUCAUGGUGGCGAGACCCGUCGAGCCGGCAGGCCGCACCAACGAGGAGCGACGAGCCUAUGCGGCCGUCUGGUUUCUGACUUCAGCCAUGGCGACGACGAUGGGUAGGCUGGAGCCGAUGCGAUACUCUCCGUACCUGCACCAAUGUGUCGCCGAGCUCGAGGCGAGCAAUGAGUACGCGACGGACGCGACACUCGUCUUUCUCGUCCGGAUACAGCACCUCACCGAGCGAAUAUUUGACCUCAACGCCAAGGACAAGACGCCGGAGACGAUGCCGGGCAUCCCCACGGCACCCGAGUCUGCCUACAUCUACGCCUUCCAGAAUGAGCUGGAGCGCAUUCGCAACAGCCUCCCGCAGAAUCUUCAGAUGGACACCACCGUUCAGGUCUACCUCAACACCGCUGCUCUGCGGCUGUACGAACCUCCCGUCGCCGACAUGGCGCUCAUACGACAGCUCUCGGAAUCGCUCACCGUCGGCACCGUCGGCGCCGGCACGCCGCUCGACAAGAUUUACCUGACGAGCGCGGCGCUGAGGAUGUGGUUUGAAAACUGGCUAUCCCUCCCCGUCUCGAGCUACUACCGCCAGCCGACGGCCAUCGCCGCCCAGCUGGUCUACGCCCUCACCAUGCUUGGACGCUGGGCGAAGCUGGCGACGCCGAGGACCAUGUACGAAGGCGGCACCCCGAUGCCCGGCUGUCUGACUCCUGGCAACGCGAACCUCGCCGCCUUCAACGCUGACCUCGGCCAGCAGCCGCCGCCGCCGCCGCCGCCGAGCGGCGAAGGCGCCGGCAUGGGGACCUCGCCCUCCCUCCACCGCCGUUGUCAUGGCAAGGACCGGUGCGCGCGCGAGGCGGAACCCGGACUGCCGGCCGCCGUCGGCGCGCUCCAGUCUCAGCUCCAGACGCAACCGGGUCUGACCGUCAACAUCCCCGAAAUCCUGUCGGCCAUGUGCAGCCGCUUCGAGCAGGUCAACUCGACCUUCCAGGUGGCAUCCGGCGCCGGCCAUGCCGACAGCAACAACGUCUGGAGCCUCAGCGCCCUCAAGGUUCGCAUCACCCGCGUCAAGCUCGAGCGCUGGGCCGAGCUCGUCUCCGCCGGAGCCGAGGCGCACCAGCGGGAGAACAGGGCGCCGCCGCCGCCCAACCCGACGGCCGCCGCCGGGCAGUGGCGAGGCUCGUACCCCCAGCAAGUCGGCGCCGCCGCCGCCGUCAUGGACCCCGGAGACGUGCAGUUCGGCAGCCUCGCGCAGGAUCAGACGCAGAUUCAAAACUUUCUAGGCAGCACCCCUUGGACGAGCGAUUUGCUCGACGGCAUAGACCCGACCGUUUGGUUCGACGGAUACCUGGACUGGGGCGCCGUGAUAAUGAACUCGAUGGGGACGGUGGAACAGUGA